AUGAUAACAGUAAUGGUUAAUGUGAUGAUGGAUUGUUAUGGUGGAAAUGAUGAUGCUGAUAAUAGUGUUGAUAGAGAUGGUGGUGUUGAUGGUUCUGAUGUUCAUGAUGAUGAUGAUGAUGAUGAUGAUGAUGAUGAUGGCAAUGGUAGCUUUAUAGGUGGUGAAGAAUGUGGUAAUGAAGCCGAUGAUGGAUUUGAUGGUGAUCAUGAUGAGGUUGAGGAUAGUGAUGAUGGAAAUAUAGGUUAUGGUGGCAGUGAUAAUGAUGGUGAUAGUAGUAAUGCUCAUUUUGGUAGUGGUGGUUUCGUUGAUGGUCAUGAUAGCAUGGUGACUAUGGUGAUGCUGGUGGUGAUCACAGUAAUGAUUGAUAAUGGUGAUGUUGCUGCUGAUGAUGAUGAUGCUAGUGGUGGUGAUGAUGCUACAGGCAACGAUCAGAUGGAGAGGCAAAGGAAGGAAUAA